UCCGGUAGCCCCUUCUUGGGAGGAGGUGUAACGACCCCUUUCUCCUUCUUUUUCCCCCUCCUUUAAACAAGAGCUGUGCGAAUUAACCUGCUCUCUUACAUCCUCUUUUUUUUGCUUUUGCAACUCAUUUAUGUUCAGCGCACUCGCCAGGGGCGGGUUGGGCUCGGCGUUAUUUUCUUUCCGCUUUAUUCGCAAUCCGUGUAUUUCGGACGCAAGCUCGCGGCUUAUCUUAAACUACAUCGCCGUGGAAGAGAGCAAGCAAGCUGGAAGAGGGGGACAGCCAUGGAUUAAAUUGUCCACUGUUGAAUCGCGCAUUUUGAAGCACCCCCACGGCAGCACGCGGAGCCAUCCCUCUCUCUCCUCAGCUGGAAAGCCAUUCUAGACAGUUCUUUUCCUCAUGAACGAAUGUUGACUUCCAGCAGUUACCGUUGAACAGGUUUUCUUUUCAGCUCCACUUCAAGACGGCGGAAGCGGCCAGUAGCGAGUGAAAGAGACGGCGAUUCUGGACACAUGUUGAGCUGAAAGACCACAGCAUCCCAUCCCCUCCCUUAGCGGACUUAUUUUUUAUAGCGAGCCCACGGAUUGCUCGCGUGAUUGCAGAUUGGUGUUUUCGCCGUUCACCUCUUGCAAAUUUGGGCAACUAUGGAUCUGGGUAAAAUGGCGGUGAGCAUCAACAAGGCCAUCAACACUCAGGAGGUGGCCGUCAAGGAGAAGCACGCCAGGACCUGCAUCCUGGGCACGCACCAUGAGAAGGGUGCCCACACCUUCUGGGCAGCGGUCAACCGCCUGCCCCUGUCCAGCAACGCCGUGCUCUGCUGGAAGUUCUGCCACGUCUUCCACAAGCUGCUCCGGGACGGGCACCCCAACGUAAUAAAAGACUCCAUGAGGAACAAAGCUGAUCUGAAUGACAUGAGCAGGAUGUGGGGUCACCUGAGCGAGGGCUACGGAAAGCUGUGCAGCGUCUACCUCAAACUGCUGAUCACCAAAAUGGAGUUCCACAUCAAAAAUCCCCGUUUCCCAGGCAACCUUCAGAUGACUGACAGACAGCUCGAUGAAGCCGGAGAAAAUGAUGUAAACAACUUCUUCCAGAUGACUGUGGAGAUGUUUGACUACCUGGAGUGUGAGCUGAAUCUCUUCCUGGGCGUGUUCAGCUCUCUGGACAUGUCGCGCUCAGUGUCGGUGACGGCAGCAGGACAGUGCCGCCUGGCCCCUCUGAUCCAGGUCAUCCUGGACUGCAGCCACCUGUACGACUACACCGUCAAGCUGCUGUUCAAACUGCACUCCUGCCUCCCAGCUGAAACUCUCCAGGGACACAGGGACCGCUUCCAGGAGCAGUUUAAGAAGCUGAAGUCUCUCUUCUACCGCUCCAGCAACCUGCAGUAUUUCAAGAGGCUGAUUCAGAUCCCACAGCUGCCUGAGAACCCCCCGAACUUCCUGCGGGCGUCGGCCCUGUCGGAGCACAUCAGCCCGGUGGUGGUCAUCCCGCUGGAGAGCUCGUCCCCGGAGAGCGAGCACGUGGUGGAGACCGAGGACCUGGUGGACACUGACAUCCCGGCCCACCCGAGCGUGGAGAACAGGUUCGACGACGUCUUCGGCACGUCCGCCACCUCGGACCCUUUCAACUUCAACAGCCAGAACGGCAUGUGCAAGGACGACAAGGAGCGUCUGAUCGAGCAGCUCACUCGGGAACUGAAGGAACUGAAGGAGGAGCUGGAGUCUUUCAGGGCAGAGAGCACGCGGCUGUGCCAGGCGCUGCGGGGGCGUGUCAGCGAGCUGGAGGCGGAGCUGGCGGAGCAGAGCCACCUGAAGCAGCAGGCGCUGGGCGAGAGCGAGUUCCUGCGGGCGGAGCUGGAGGACCUGCGCCGCGUGAAGGAGGACACCGAGAAGGAGCAGCGCAGCCUGACCGAGAUCGAGAGGAAAGCCCAGGCCAACGAGCAGCGCUACACCAAGCUGAAGGAGAAGUACACGGCGCUGGUGCAGAGUCACGCCGACCUGCUGAGGAAGAACGCGGAGGUGACUCGGCAGAUGACAGUGGCGCGGGCGGCGCAGGACGAGGUGGAGAGUGUGAGGCGGGAGAUGCAGGAGAAGGUGAAGGCCGCUUCAGAGGACGCCCAGAAACAGGAGAAGGCUCAGACAGAGCAGCUGCAGGCCCUGCAGGGGGAGCUCCAGAGCAGCAGGGAUGAGCUGGACAGGCUGAGGGACACCAUGACCUCCUCACAGCAGUCGAACGAGGAGCUCAAGUCCCGCCUCUCGGCGCUGGAGGAGGAGAGGGCGGGGCUGGCCGAGACGGUGUCGCAGAAGGAGGCGGAGCUAACGGGGCUGGGGGCGGAGCUGGAGCGAGUGCAGGGCAGCCUGGCCAGCGAGAGAGAGAGUGGGGUGAAGGUGGCCGAGUCCCUACAGAACCAGCUCAACGAGAAGGAGAGCCGCGAGCAGGCCCUGGAGAGCCAGCUGGUGUCGUCGCGCUGGGCCGCCCUGCAGGGGGCGCUGGAGGAGGCGGAGCGGAUCGUGCAGGACGCCCUGUCCUGCCUGGAGGACCCAGCGCACAUCAGCUGCACCAGCUCAGCAGAUUACCUGGUGGCCAGGUGUGAGUCGGCUCUGGAGUGUGUGGACAGGCUGCAGACGGCCAGGGACGGCUACCUGUCUGACAGCACAGACGUGUCAGAGAUGCUGCGCUCGGUCGCCCGCUUUGCCCACCUGGUGAGCGACACCAUCGUGCAGGGCAGCGCCACCACCCACAUGGUGCCCGUGGACCAGGCCGAGUCGCUGGCGGCGGAUGUGAGGUCCUGUGGCGCGGAGGCCCUGGCGCUGCUGGGGCAGCUGAAGGACCAGGAGACCCUGGGGGCCGCCGACAGCGCCAAGCUGAGGGCCGCGCUGGGCUGCGUCAAGGCCACGGCCGAGAAACUGCGGCCGCGCGGUCUGGAGCUGCAGCAGGGGGAGCUGGGAGAUCUGGUGGAGCAGGAGAUGGCCGCCACCUCCGCCGCGGUGGAGUCCGCCUCCGCUCGCAUUGAGGAAAUGCUGAGCAAGUCCCGAGCUGUCGACACAGGGGUGAAGAUGGAGGUCAACGAAAGGAUCCUGGCCUCCUGCACGGACCUCAUGCAGGCCAUCAAAGUGCUGGUGCUGUCGUCUAAGGACCUGCAGCGGGACAUUGUGGAGAGCGGAAGGGGGGCAGCGUCGAUGAAGGAGUUCUACGCCAAGAACUCGCGCUGGACAGAGGGACUGAUCUCGGCCUCCAAGGCAGUGGGGUGGGGGGCCACCAUGCUGGUGGACGCGGCCGACCUGGUGGUGCAGGGCGAGGGGAAGUUUGAGGAGCUGAUGGUGUGCUCCCACGAGAUCGCAGCCAGCACCGCACAGCUGGUGGCCGCCUCCAAGGUGAAAGCGGACAAGGACAGCUCCAACCUGGCCCGCCUGCAGCAGGCGUCCCGGGGCGUCACCCAGGCCACCGCAGGGGUCGUGGCCUCCACCAAAUCCGGCAAGUCCCAGAUCGAGGAUAAAGACACCAUGGACUUCUCCAGCAAGACCCUCACGCAGAUCAAGAGGCAGGAAAUGGACUCGCAGGUGCGCGUGCUGGAGCUGGAGACUUCGCUGCAGAAGGAGAGGGAGCGUCUGGGGGAGCUGAGGAAGAAGCACUACGAGCUGGCCGGGGUGGCCGAGGGCUGGGGGGAGGAAGAGGGCUCAGGCUGAGGCCCACGCCAGCCCCUCCCUCACAUCCGCCAUCCUCAGACCAACACUCUUCUUCCACUACCUGCAACAUUCUACAGUUUUUACACUCUUCCCUUUUCCCCGGCUUCUGCCCAGUAUUUUCCCUCGUUUUAAUCAACUUCCAAGCCAAAUAAAAAGGUGCUCUUUUUUUAAAAUAAAGCUCCAACCCCCCCCCCCCACUCCCCCCUCCCCUCAUCCUGCCACUCUGGCUUGUAGAAGCUUCCACGUCUGGAGGAAUGACCGGUGAGCGCGGAGCCGGGGGCGGAAGGGAAGUCACAGCGCCAGGAACGGACUGCCUCUAGCCCCACCCGCUGGACGUUCGGCGAACUGCAUCCUUACCGUGGCACCACCUUUCUAUUAUUUAUUGGGUUUCGUCUUUCCCUUCUUCCACUCUGCGGAGCGCCCGUUACGCCCCUGAGGACUCUUCCCCCUCACAGCCAGCGAAGACUGAGCGACUGCGUGCCGUUCGGUCCCUCCCGUGCAAAACACUACGGCCUCAACUUCCCAGGAUGCAGCGCUGCCCCCUCACCAGCCAGUGUGGUGCUAGGAGGAAACCCCACCCCCCACCUUCCCCGGCGGUGUCCUCUUCCUUCAUGCUCCUCCCCCUUUCCCUGGAUUCAAAGUAGCUCAGAAUAUUCCCCCCGCCAAACUCUCACACAGAGCACAAGACUCUUUGUUUUUUUUCAGCCGGUUGACCUGUGACCUCCUGUCUCACGCUUUUCUUAACCCAGACUGCCCCCCCCCGCCUACAACAGACUGCCCCCUGCUGGUCAGUCUUCACACGGACAUACGGGAGGUUUAUAUUUCCCUUUUCUUUUUUUACACUCAUAUUGCACACUUCAUCGUGGCUUGUGUAGUGAUCACAACGCAAAACUGUGAGGUGGCGCUCAUUCACUGUGUUGUGAAGGGGGGGGGUGGUGGUUACAGACCGUUAAAGAGAAUAGAGGCGUGGUCACACGACCCCCCCCCCCUCCCCCUCCGAGUCGUCCUUGCGUGUUCCUUGGCGUGUCACACGUGUGCUUUGAAUAGACGACCUGUCAGUAGUCAGCAGGUGAUAACUACUCACAUACUGUGUCACAUGACCCCAGUGCCCCACCGUACAACCGCUGGGGCUCAUGGAACGGAAUCCGCAAUAUGAAUUCAUAUAUCAGACAGAGACUGAGAUGAGACUGACUGUUGUGGGAUCAUCCAAUGGCCGCGAGACUGUGGAUGAGGAACCCGGAAGCCGAAGGUGAUUGGUCGGUCGCCAGACUGGGAGUCCCUGUAUAGGCAGAUUAAAGACGGCACCCUACUUGGGCGCCAUUUUAAUUUUUAGCAUGGCGAGUGUUUGUAGCUCCUCAGGCCAGUCCUGCGGUUGCGCUGGUGAAGCUUUCAAACUGCCGCCGAGACAAAGCACACAAGAAAACCCUGGGGUUUCACACAAAAUGGCUGCAAGUACCUGCGCGUUACAGUGUUUCAUUUUGUUUAAAAAUGAUUUUAUUUGUGUUGACUCUUUUCCACACACGGUUUUCUUCACUUUCAUUAUUUAUGGAUUUUUCAUGAAUGACCUUCUGGUGCUGACUGGCUGUGGCAGCAGCAGAAGCUCAGAGGUGUCACUGACUGUGCGGUUAUUGAAUUAAUUAACAGUACCUUAGUUACAAGCUGCUUCACAUAUUGUUAAACGUAUGUGUCAAUCUAUCUGACCAGCAGGCCGUACACUAAACCUACUGUGAGAGUUCCAGCCCGGAUUUUCCCAGAAUGAGGUUGUUUUUAAACUCUAUUACCAGGCUCACACGGUUACAAUAGUGUCUGACUGGCAGGCUAUUUACUGUAUCUGAUUACUACACUCAUAACUGCAUAGCUGAAGUUAAUUAGCUAUCGAAACUUUAAAUAUAAAUAUAUAUAUGUAUAAUGUUUUACAAUAUGAAAAGUCUAUUAUCCGGCAUUAUGUUUUUACUCUUCAGAAGUUAGCUCACCUUUGCUGAGUAGUGUACUGCAGGUGCACUAGCGACCGUUAGCUGUUCUCUCAGAUUUUGACCCUUGUGCCUGAAACUCAACUUCACCCGGCUUCUGACUGUCUUCCUGUGAAGUGUAGUUCUCUCAAAAAAAUGGAAAGGAACAUUUUCUGUCAAAUAUAAAUGGUGAACAAUCAAAUAGACUGAAGGCUUAAAAUUGUAAUUAAGUUAAUAUUUUGUCUGCGGAAAUAUUUAUUCAGAGGCAAUAUUCAGAAUACUAAAGAAUUUCAAGUACCGUAUAUGCAUUCACAGUGUAUAAAGCCUGUAAGUAUAUGUAGCCUGUAUCUGAAUUGGCAGUUGACGACAGUCUCCGUGUAUAAGCAGAUGGGCGGUUGUAUUGGCAUGUUUGUGAUCCUUCCUGUUAGGUGUGGGCUGGCAGGAACUGAAACGGGUGGAGAGACGGCAGCACGUUUCAUAUCCUGCGAAUAUCAGACGGGUCGAAGCCCAUGUUGGGUCUUGUCUUCGUAUAUCAGUGGAAAGCAGGAGCUCGACAUUAGCAGACGCAUCGCUGAGCGUACUGUGCCAGACCCGAGGGUCUGGGGUUGCUCUGUUUGCCUUUUAGAAGUAUAAACUUUUAUUAGCUGCUAUCAUCAUUUGAAAUGUUUCUUGUUUUAGUCUACCGUUUUUGCUUUAUCAUUUGGAUACUAGUAGCUUGAAUAGCUAUUCAGUUUUAGUUAUUUCUAUACGUGUCAUAUACAGCUCAGUGUAAGCGUUGUAAAUGUUCAGUAUUACGUUAAUGCUCGUUGUUGAUCUGUGUCUGUCCCUGUUUCCACACGCGACCCCUCGUACCCCUGCCCGUUUUACCGGGCGCCAUUUUGAACGCUUCACUAGUGUGGUAACGUUUCUUGGCCUGUCUCGCUGCAUUCACGCCUGCAUAUGAAAGUCAGAUGCUUUGAGGAGAGAGAGAGAGAGAAAAAUAAUACUGUUUUAAGCUUUUGGAAAGUCGGAACUCUUCCUGUACGGGCACUCUUAACCGGACCACCGGAAGCCGACGGUCGCGACUGUUAAAAUGUGAAGAGCGUGUGGUGUUGGGCGUUUCGGGAAUUCACAGCUCUGUUGGACACCCUUUACAAAACAAGCCCCGUUGGGGGUCAGUUGUAUAAUAACAUGCAGUUGUUGCAUUUGAGGCAUUUUUUUUUCUACUACCAAACUUGUAUCAGCCAACCAGCCGACCAAAUUGGCGGGCCAGUAAAAUGCGAUGGGAGAAGCCGGUGCCUUGAUCGUGAUUGGGCGGCGGUGCUGGUGCUGGCUGAGAAGCCGGUGCCUUGAUCGUGAUUGGGCGGUGGUGCUGGUGCUGGCUGAGAAGCUGAAAAAAACGUCAUGUUCGGGGCGUGGAGCGAUUCAGGUUUUUUUUUCUUCUUAUUUUUAUAACCUGGUAUAAAGAUGAGCUUGAAUUCAAGGCCUGGGAUGUUGUCCUUUGUUGGGAUCCCCUGUGUGGACAGAACACGGCGGGGUCCUGGCAUGAAGAGGGGUGCAGAUUUUUUUAAGGAAGCGGAUCACCUCGCCAUGCUUUUGUAUGAAUUUUAUUGCACACGUCCCCGCAGACGGACGGAUGGUUUCGUGCCGGCAGCCAGUGACUGGUCCACUCCGUCAGCACAAACACACGGCGGGGUCCAAUGGCCUUCGUAGGGAGGACACGGGAGGCGGGGCUUAGGCCUAGCCUGUGACACGGAAGCACGUGGAAAAAAGCACCAACCGCCCAAAGUCUGGAGGCCUUCCCAUCGGAUCAGUUCAGUAGACUGGUGUACCACAGUCAUCGACUC